AUGGCACAGAAACCAGACGAAGCGCCAUCGGCUGCCUUUGAACCGGUGCCAGAGCCGGUGCCGGCACCGGCUCUGGCGCCGCCGUCGGCGCUCUCGGCACAGCUGCGCUCGUUAGCGGCCGGCGGCUUUGGUGGCAUCUGUGCGGUGAUUGUGGGCCACCCGUUCGACCUGGUCAAGGUGCGGCUGCAGACGGCCGAGAAGGGCGUGUACUCGUCGGCGGUGGACGUGGUACGCAAGAGCAUCGCGCGCGACGGGUUGCGGCGAGGGCUGUAUGCGGGCGUGAGCGCGCCGUUGCUGGGGGUGACGCCAAUGUUUGCCGUCUCGUUCUGGGGCUACGACGUCGGCAAGACGCUCGUCCGGUCGAUCUCGGCCGCCAACCCGGACGGCUCGCUCACGAUCGGGCAGAUCUCGGCGGCCGGCUUCUUCUCAGCGAUCCCGAUGACGGUCAUCACGGCACCGUUUGAGCGCGUCAAGGUGAUCCUGCAGGUGCAGGGCCAGCAGCAGCUGGCGCCGGGCGAGAAGCCCCGGUACAGCGGCUCGCUCGACGUGGUGCGCCACCUCUACCGCGACGGUGGGAUUCGGUCGGUGUUCCGCGGCAGCGCAGCGACGCUCGCGCGCGAUGGCCCCGGCUCGGCAGCCUACUUUGCGGCGUACGAGUACAUCAAGCACGCGCUGACGCCCAAGGAUCCGGCCACGGGUCAGCCGGCCAAGGACGGCAAGCUCAGCCUGACAGCCAUCACAGUCGCCGGUGGCGGCGCCGGCAUCGCCAUGUGGAUCCCUGUCUUCCCCGUCGAUACGGUCAAGAGCCGGCUGCAGACCAGCACUGAGCCCGGCAUCACCGUCGGCUCCGUCGUCCGCGACCUCGGUACGGCAAGGGCGGCAUGCGCGCCUUUUUCCCCGGCAUCGGUCCGGCACUGGCCCGUGCUGUGCCGGCCAACGCGGCCACCUUCUUGGGCGUCGAGCUGGCCCAUCAAGCCAUGA